AUGCUGCCACGGCAGAACUCAGACAGCACUGGGGCGUUUUUAGAGCUCAUCAGUGAUCCAUUCCAAUCUCAGAUACAACAAACGGCUUUCCUAUCAUCAUUGGGCACCUCUCUCCUAUUCACCCUCGCCAUCGCUCUCGUCUUCUGCCUCCUCCGGCCAUACAACACCGUCGUCUACGCACCGAGGUCACGACAUGCGGACGAGAAGCACGCCCCUCCACCCGUGGGCAAAGGUCUCUUUGCAUGGGUUACACCCGUCCGGCAAACGAACGAGCAGCAGCUUGUCGAAAAAGUUGGACUCGAUGCCGCCAUAUUCUUGCGUUUCACCAGGAUGUGCCGCAACAUCUUCCUCUCCCUCUCCGUUCUCGGCUGCGGAAUACUCAUACCUGUAAACGUUUUGGGUGGGAGGUCGUUUCGAAACAACAACAGUGGGAUAUCUGCCUUCAUGACUAUGACACCGCAGUUCAUGUGGGGGAACAUCUUUUGGGCAUUUGUCAUCUGCUCGUAUCUGUUCACGAUCGUCAUCUGCUACUUCCUAUGGCAUAACUACCGGGCGGUUGUGCGACUUCGACGAGACUACUUCAACAGUCCCGAGUACCAGGCUAGCCUGCAUGCACGGACAUUGAUGCUUACGGAUAUUCCGAAGUCGUUGAGGACGGACGAAGGCAUUGUCAAGAUUAUCGAUGACGUCAAGUCAACCGCGGAGGUUCCUCGCGCUGCAAUCGCGCGCAACGCAAAGGAUCUUCCUGAACUCGUCGAAGAGCAUGAGGAGGCCGUCAAAGAGCUUGAGGGACAUCUCGCAAAAUACCUCCGCAACCCGAACAAGCUGCCUGCUAAGAGGCCGACCUGCAAGGCCUCGAGGAAUGAUGCGUCGUACAAGAAAGGAGAGACGGUCGACGCCAUCGACUACCUUACGGAUCGCAUACGGGAGCUCGAAGCCCAGAUUCGAGAAGCCCGCGAAUCCGUCGACAAACGUAACGCCAUGUCUUACGGGUUCGCAAGCUACGAGUCGAUUGAUACUGCUCACAGCGUCGCGCAUGCUGGCAAGAACAAGCAUCCCGAAGGCAGCACUAUUCGACUUGCCCCGAAGCCAAACGAUUUGAUCUGGAGGAAUCUACCACUCAGCAGAAGUACGCGUCGCUGGAAGACGGUUUACACUAACGGUUGGGUUGCGGUGCUUACCGUGCUCUGGAUUGUUCCCAACGCCUUGAUCGCCAUCUUCUUGACCAAUCUAUCGAACAUUGGCAGAGUGUGGCCAGCUUUUCAAACCGAGCUCAACCGCAAUCCUACACUGUGGGCCAUCAUCCAGGGUAUCGCAUCCCCGGCUAUCACAUCAGCCUUCUACUUUUAUUUGCCCGCCAUAUUCCGCCGACUAUCCAUCAGAGCCGGUGAUUUGACUAAGACCUCUAGAGAAAGAAAUGUCACUCACAAGCUGUUCUCGUUCUUUCUCGUCAAUAAUUUGAUCGCGUUUUCUAUCUUCAGUGCUAUCUUUGGCUACGUCUCGAACGUGAUCCAAGCCAAAGAGAACAACAGCGGUACCUGGGACGCACUUCAGAACGGGCACAUCUUCACCCAGCUCAUGGUUGCUUUCUGCAACGUUUCUCCCUUCUGGGUAACUUGGCUCCUGCAGCGCAACCUAGGUGCUGCCGUUGACUUGUCGCAAUUGUUCAACCUAGCUUGGGGUUCCUUCUCGCGCAAGUUCUUGAGUCCUACUCCUCGACAGUUGAUCGAGCUCAGUGCUCCUCAACCGUUCGACUACGCGGGAUACUAUAACUAUUUCCUUUUCUACGCGUCGGUCGCGCUGGUGUUUGCGUCGUAUCAGCCGCUCGUCCUUCCGGUCGCAGCGCUCUACUUCUACCUGGACGGCUGGCUGAAGAAGUACCUCCUGCUCUAUGUCUUCAUCACCAAAUACGAGUCCGGCGGCAUGUUCUGGCGCCUGAUCUUCAACCGCUUCCUCAUCGCGACUCUCCUCGGCAACAUCCUCACCGCACUUCUCGUCUACGCCCAAGGCUACAGCUGGACGAUGCUCGGCUGCAUGCUUCCGCUCGUCCUCAUCCUGGGCGGCUUCAAAUGGUACUGUAUGAAGACCUUCGACGACGCUCUCCACUUCUACAGCACCGGCACCAAGGACCCCGAAAACGCCGCGCGCAUCGACAAGACCGCCCGCAAGGGUGACCGUGUCGCUGUCCGCUUCGGAGACCCCGUGCUGUACAAGCCGCUUAUCACACCGAUGGUGCACGCAAAAGCCAAACACCUUCUCGGCGAGAUCUACCGCGGUCGCCUAAGCUCAGAAGCGCCUAUCAAUAAUCACACUACGGCCUAUAGCGACACCUUCAGCCUGCACGACAUGAGCGCCACGCAGCCCGGCAAGGCGGAGCCGCCGUCCGCGCCCUUCGAGAUUGUCGCAGAGGCCGAUCUAGAUUUCGAAAAUUACAAGAACCGCCCCGAGUUCAAGGAGGAGUUUGGCGGCGACGGCGAAAUGUACGGUCGUCCCUCUGAUAUCGUGCGCCCCGGCACACCAGGCAGCGUCAUGACCGGCGGCAUGGUCCGUAGCUCUUCAAGGGAUUCAGAGAGAACGUAUACCGCAGAAGGGGAGGCGGGUCCUGGCACGAGCUAUCCGAAGGGUUACCACCAGACGCCUUAUAUGCGGACUGAGAGCCCCGCGGGAAGCUAUAGGUCUGCGGAUGUUGGUGACCAGAGCAGGCUCAUGAGAGGCGCGUCGCCGAUGGGUGUCGCGAAUCCGGGCUGGGCAUCUGCGGCCAUGGUGGGAUCUGGGUACAGUCAGGUUGGUGUGGGGACGCCGGAUGAGGAUACGAGUUAUGAUUACUUUAGACGGGGCAGGCAGUUGUGA